UUCGAGAGUUUUCGUUAUCCGGUGCAGACAAGACUGGUUUCCCUGCGACGAAAGCCUCUGGUUACUUACAUCGCCACUCCUGCUUCGCAUCUACGGCCCUGGUACCACCUGCCCCCUUCUGCGCCCUUCAAUUCGUUCGACGGCGAGCACGAUGUGUGGCAUAUUCGCCUGUCACUGUCAUCCCAACGUCCAGAAAUUCAAGCCGACGGCUCUGAAACUGGCCAAGCAAAUUCGGCAUAGAGGACCCGACUGGAGCGGCAGCGUCAUAAGCAACAACACAAUUCUCUGCCAUGAACGACUGAGCAUCGUUGGCGUCGAAUCUGGCGCCCAGCCUCUGACUAACGCCGACGAGACUAUCAUCCUCGCUGUCAACGGCGAGAUAUAUAACCAUCGACUGAUCCGGAAAAGCCUAAAGAAACCCUACCACUUCAAGACCGCCUCGGACUGCGAAGUUAUUAUCCCCUUGUACCUGGAAUACGGACUUGACGCCCCCAAGUACCUCGAUGGCAUGUUCUCGUUCGUCCUCUACGACAAGAACCUCGACCGAACGAUCGCGGCGAGGGACCCCAUCGGCAUCACCACGCUGUACCAAGGCUGGUCCUCGAAGGAACCCGGUACCGGCUACUUCGCCUCGGAGCUGAAAUGUCUGCAUACCGUUUGCGACAGAAUCCGUUCCUUCCCUCCGGGGCACAUCUACGACACCAAGACUGACGAGACGACGCGGUAUUUCCAGCCGACUUGGUGGGAUGGCUCCAGGGUUCCGGACACACCUCUGGACCUGAAGCUGGUCCGCGAGACGCUCGAGCGAUCGGUGCGGAAGCGGCUCAUGGCCGAAGUCCCCUACGGUGUGCUGUUGUCGGGGGGUCUGGAUUCGAGUCUGGUGGCGUCGAUUGCGCAGCGGGAGACCCUCAGGCUUAAGAAGGCCGCGUUGGAGGCCAACGGAAAUGCGACCGAGUUGACUGAGAACCCCGAUACGGGAGAGGGGUUGGUGGGUAUCGACGACGAGAACGAGCUCUCAACGAUUACCUACCUUCCACAGCUCAACUCGUUCUCCAUCGGCCUUCCCGGCUCCCCCGACAAUGAGGCUGCAAUCAAGGUCGCUAAGUUCCUUGGUACGAAACACCACGUUACGACGUUUACGAUUGAGGAGGGCCUCAACGCCCUGUCGGAUGUUAUUUAUCACCUUGAGACGUACGACGUGACGACGAUCCGAGCCUCGACGCCUAUGUAUCUGCUGUCGAGAAAAAUCAAGGCCAUGGGAAUCAAGAUGGUCCUUAGCGGUGAAGGGAGCGACGAGAUCUUCGGGGGCUACUUGUACUUCCAUGCUGCUCCGGACAAGAAGGCCUUCCACGAGGAGACGGUUCGCCGAGUCAAGAACCUCCACCUUUCGGAUUGCCUGAGAGCCAACAAGUCGACCUCGGCAUGGGGCCUCGAAGCUCGGGUGCCCUUCCUCGACAAGCAGUUUCUCGAAGUUUGCAUGAACAUCGACCCGCAGGAGAAGAUGAUAACUAAGGAGCGGAUCGAGAAGUGGAUCCUGCGAAAGGCAUUCGACACAUCUGACGAUCCUGCUGCCGAGCCGUAUCUGCCGGAAGAAAUCCUCUGGAGACAGAAGGAACAGUUCUCGGACGGUGUCGGCUACGGCUGGAUCGACGCCCUCAAGGAUAACGCCGAGCUCCACGUCACGGAUGAGAUGAUGAAGCACCCCAAGCCCGAGUGGGGAGACGACAUUCCCGACACUAAGGAGGCGUACUGGUACCGUUUGAUGUUUGACGAGCACUUCCCCCCGCACUGCGCUUCGACGGUUGAGCGCUGGACACCGACUUGGUCGAAGCAGACGGACCCUAGCGGACGAGCCAUCUCUACGCAUAACGCCAAGUACGAUACGGCAUGAAACAGUAGUGUUUGUAGAAGAUUGGAUGGGUAGCUGGGACGAGGCGCAGGGC